UACUAUGUCAUAUGCGCGUGAGAUUCUGGAAUAAUGCCGCACAUGGUCUGCUUCAAUCUUAGACGAGCUAACUAAAUUUAGCUUCAUUACCUUCCGGCUUUACUUCCCCCAUUCUCCGGAUCGCAGUAGGCACUCUCACUACACUCUCUCCAUGUUGCAUUGCCGGUACAAAUUCGAGAUCUGACAAGUAUCAAUCUCGACGGCUACAACUGCUUCACUCGCAUUGCCAUCACGUAAUAUUAUCUCUUUAUAUAUGUCUCGGCCGCCUAAUCAAGAGUUUCAGGAAUGGUGGAAUAAGCAGCAGACAGCCAAUGAAAGUGAUGACCUCUUCCCUUCUUCUUCUUCUUCAGAAAACUCUAGCUUUUUGACUGUUGAGAUCCGUAGCCCGACCGUUGGCGAUAAGGAACGUACUCGCAGUGCUCGCCAGCUCUCUUGGAUUUACCUUCUCAAGUUUCAGCAAAUUGCUAAUUCAAUCGCAUUCCUCACAAAUGGCUUCAUUUCCAUUGUUCGCACCGCCAAUCGCCGAAUCGUUACAUCCAAUUCGGCGCCUCAUCGGUCGGAUUCUAGACUCUAUCGCGUUAUUAAGGUGUUUUUGACUGUUUCAGUGAUAUUGUUAGUGUUUGAGCUGGUUGCUUACUUCAGAGGAUGGCAUUUCAGUCCUCCGACUGUGGAAUCAGCGUCGGCGGAGGUGGUGGACUUAGUGGAGUACGUAUAUGCCAAUUGGCUAGACAUUAGGGCCAACUAUUUGGCGCCGCCGUUGCAGAGCUUGACCAAUAUGUGUAUUGUAUUGUUCCUAAUACAGUCGGUAGAUCGAGUGGUUCUUGUACUUGGUUGCUUUUGGGUCAAGUUCCGACGCUUGAAACCUUUAGCUGAGAUUGACUACUCUUCUGAUGUAGAAAAUCUGAAUGCACAGGAUUAUCCCAUGGUGUUGCUACAGAUACCAAUGUGCAAUGAGAGGGAGGUAUACCAACAAUCGAUUGCAGCAGUAUGCAUCCAGGAUUGGCCUAAGGACAGAAUGCUCGUACAAAUUUUAGAUGACUCGGAUGAUUUGGGUGUUCAAGGACUUAUCAAGGCUGAAGUACAAAAGUGGCAACAAAGGGGUGUGCACAUUGUAUAUCGUCAUCGUCUUAUACGCACAGGCUAUAAGGCAGGAAAUCUCAAAUCUGCAAUGAGUUGUGACUAUGUAAAAAAUUAUGAAUUUGUAGCAAUCUUUGAUGCAGAUUUCCAGCCAACACCAGAUUUUCUGAAGAACACUGUUCCCUACUUCAAGGGACAUGACGACAUCGCUCUUGUCCAAACAAGGUGGACUUUUGUGAACAAGGACGAGAAUUUGCUUACGCGAUUGCAGAACAUAAAUCUUGCGUUUCAUUUUGAAGUAGAGCAACAAGUCAAUGGAUGGUUCAUUAACUUUUUUGGCUUCAAUGGCACUGCUGGAGUAUGGAGAAUCAAAGCCCUUGAAGAAUGUGGAGGCUGGUUAGAGCGAACAACAGUUGAGGAUAUGGAUAUUGCUGUCCGUGCUCACCUUUGUGGAUGGAAGUUUAUCUAUGUGAACGACGUUAAGUGCCUCUGUGAACUACCAGAAUCUUAUGAGGCAUAUAAGAAGCAGCAACACCGGUGGCAUUCUGGUCCAAUGCAACUUUUUCGCCUUUGUUUUUUCGACAUAUUGCGUUCCAAGGUUAGUUGGCUCAAGAAAGCCAACCUAAUAUUUCUUUUUUUUCUCUUGCGGAAGCUCAUCCUACCAUUUUAUUCAUUUACUCUCUUUUGUAUCAUUCUCCCACUCACCAUGUUCCUCCCAGAAGCCCAGUUACCAGCUUGGGUCGUCUGCUAUGUGCCUGGACUCAUGUCUGUCCUCAAUAUUCUUCCAGCUCCACAGUCAUUCCCUUUUAUUGUACCCUAUCUUUUAUUUGAAAACACAAUGUCUGUGACCAAAUUCAAUGCCAUGAUAUCAGGGCUUUUCCAGUUAGGAAGUUCUUACGAGUGGAUUGUUACGAAGAAGUCCGGACGUUCAUCAGAAGCUGAUUUAGUUGGAAUGGUGGAAAAUGAAUCUGAACCUUUGUUGGAGAAGAGUACUGUAUCAAGGUCAUCAUCAGAAUCAGGCCUUGCUGAGCUUAGUAAAUUAGAGAUGACCAAGAAAAUGGGAAAGAGGAAGAGAAACCGUUUAUACAGGAAAGAGCUUGCCCUUGCAUUUAUAUUAUUAACAGCCUCUGUCAGAAGUUUGUUAUCUGCUCAAGGGAUUCACUUCUAUUUCCUAUUGUUUCAAGGGUUUACUUUCCUUGUUGUUGGUCUUGAUUUGAUUGGCGAACAGGUGAGUAUAUCAUAAGAUUUUUACAAGAUAUUUGGCCACGAAUUCAGUUGUGGUAAAUCCUUUCGGAAGGGCAGACUGUACUGUUUGUACAUGUGAUUGUGGUACCUGGCUCCCAAUUCGUACAUUUAUGUGGUCAACUUAAGCGAUUUUAGCGGAAGCUUCAAAAUACCACUAUUUGGCGGUCAUAUCUUAUUCAAUUGAUGCCAAGAUGGAGAUUAAAAUCAAUACUGCUAGGAUUUGUCAUUUGCCUACCACGUAGUUUGAUGUAAUUUAUUAUAUGUUUGCAUGUAAUAGUAGUGUAACCAUCGAGUAGUCUAUUUUUGUUUGUUCAAGUUUGUGAUUCUUUAUUUUUGCCAUUGACAAGUUUUGUACAAUUAUAUAUAGUUGGAAGAAGGCACCAGUUACACCGUUCAUUUUGAUGAUCGUUAGCUUGGUUCA